AUGCCCCGGUUUCUCGCUCAGCGAUCGACGGUCACCGCCAGCUGUUACACCGUCGAAUCCUCCAGCGGCAGCGUUCACGGCUUCCACUACUGCACUACUCUGGGCGCCGGUAUGUUGCCUCCCAGCCAUUGCCACCCCAUUUCUCGUCUCUGGGAAUCCCUCUCCACACCUGGUAUCCCUGAGGUCCCUUCGGGAUCUAAAAUCUCCACCCCAAGACCUCCCCUCGAGUAUGCCGCGCCCAGCGGCACACUCAACUGGACCGGGACCAACUGGCCCGAGUCGCACGCCAAGGGGGAGGCGGCGCACACCAUUCCGGAAGAGUGUGAGAGGCUCUUCUGUGACACACUAUCUACGACCUUCCUUGGUGAGAGGAUUGACGUUGGACAGGAGUCACUGGGAAUGGGUACGUUUCAACAGACUCAGCCAGGUCAACAGUAUCGUCCCGCAUUUCAUCGUCGACAGUCUCAUGGAUCGAUUGAGAAAUGGAUCGAGGUGUGGGAUUACAGUGGCGACGCCAUCUAUCGCGGAUUCGUCACGGGCGACGGCGACGAACGCACGCUGUUUGUCUUUCUCGAAGAUGGGACCAUUGGCCAGGGACUCAAAUCUGGACUGAUUGCACUCUUUGAAUUGGCCGGUUCGGACGCCUUUGAUUGCACCCAGAUUGUCGCCUGUGUCAACCGGUCACAGCACCAGGAUGAGAUGGAAAUUGUUCGUAGUCUCGGAUGGUGCGGCUUCAACCUGACGACUCUGGAUCCCUGGAUCCGGGGUAGCUCGGUUGCAGCAGGUCCGGCGGUCAGCACAAAAUGGCUCUUCUUGGUGGCCGAGGUGUAA